AUGAAACGAUCAAUCAGCCCCGAGCCCUUUUCCUCCGCGAAGACGGCGAAGCACGUUCACCACUCAGGGGAUGAUGGAGCAGAGGAUCCUGUUACGUUUCUUUUCCGACCCUUUUCUUCUAGACCACCUGAUCCAAACCGAGAACUAUACUUGUCCGAUGCUUGGAAGCAGCUAAAGCCAGCAAUCAACAUUAUCUUCCAGGAUGCGUACACGUCGGGUGUUUUCUACUACAAUAUUGUUUAUCGGGCUGUUACGCGUGCAUGCCUGGCUGGUUCGGGAAAACAGCUUAUUGAUCUGAUCAAGAAAGAGUGUGAGCCACAUAUCUCUGCGGCUAUACAGUCUUUAGAGAGGCAUAAUGAUGAAGAUGAUCCCUCUGUUUUCUUGCCACUCGUUGAAAAGUGCUGGCUAGACUUUAAAAAGAAGAUGAUGCUUGUUUCUGACCUUUCCAUGUAUGACACUUGUGGUGGACCUCAAUUCUUGGAGAUAGGCAAGCGGAUUUUCCAGGCGAAACUCUCUUUGGCCACUCAAACUCAAGAUAAACUUAUCGCCGGCAUUUUAGGACUCGUCACCGAUCAAAGGUUAGGAAAGACUAGUACAAACGUGAGUCUCUUAAAGAAUCUUAUGGAGAUGUUCCAAGGGGGCUCAGACGUGUUUGUGAAGCCUUUUCUUGAUUCCACUUCUGAGUUUUACGCCGCAAAAGCAGAGCAAGUCCUGCAGCAGUCCGACAUUUCCCACUACUUGGAAUUUGUCGAGACGAGUUUGCGUGAGGAGGAAGAGAGGAAAUACUGUUAUUGCUUCUCCUUAAUAUGCUGGAGAGAACUAAUAGGAGUUGUUGCUAGAGAACUCCUGGAGGUUAAGCGCCCUCUUCUUGAAAAGGUCGCCCCUCUUGCUUUUACUGUAUUCAUGGAUGAGGGUCGCAUGGAUGACCUUAAGAAAAUGCAUAGAGUGCUCUCUAAGGCGGGUCUGGUGGGUGGUUUUAUGGACCGCAUUCUGAGUUCCUACAUUCGGGAAAAGGGAGCAAAGGAAGGAAGCUCUUUGCUCAAGGAGUUGCAUACUAGCAUUGAUAAGAUAUGGCAUAAAUGCUUUCACGGCGAUUAUGGACUGCUUAAGAGCAUCAGAGACUCUUUCAAAGAUUUGGGUUUGGGUUUGCAUGUGCCGGUAUGA